CGGGGAGCAGGACGCUGCGGACCGCGGCGGAGGACGCGCUCGGCGCCCCUGAGCCGGCCGAGCGGGGCGGACCGCGGGGUAAGAGACUCCACUACACUCUUUGAAGAAGGAUAAGAUUGGCCCUGCUUCGCUUCUUUCUUUACCGAAGUCUCUUCCUCCCAGACUGAGCUUGGCUGUAUCUUCCUUACAGCAUAUGACACACGGAAUUUCUCUUUCCUAAAAUGGAGCCAAGUAAAAAGAUGGACUCCCCCGGGACCCUGCAGACUAACCCACCGCUAAAGCUGCACCCUGACCGCAGCGCCGGGACGUCCGUCUUCGUCCCUGAACAAGGAGGCUACAAAGAAAGGUUUGUGAAAACCGUGGAGGACAAGUACAAGUGUGAGAAGUGCCGCCUGGUGCUGUGUAACCCGAAGCAGACGGAGUGCGGACACCGGUUCUGCGAGACCUGCAUGGCUGCCUUGCUGAGCUCCUCAAGCCCAAAAUGUACUGCGUGUCAAGAAGGCAUCAUUAAAGAUAAGGUGUUUAAGGAUAAUUGCUGCAAGAGAGAGAUCCUCGCUCUUCAGAUCUACUGCAGGAAUGAAGGUGGAGGUUGCACAGAGCAGUUGGCACUGGGACACCUGCUGGUGCAUUUAAAGAACGAUUGCCAGUUUGAAGAGCUUUCGUGCAUCCGUGCUGACUGCAAAGAAAAAGUGUUGCGAAGAGACCUGCGUGACCACGUGGAAAAGGCCUGCAAGUACCGGGAGGCCACGUGCAGCCACUGCAAAAGUCAGGUCCCGAUGAUCACGCUGCAGAAACACGAAGACACUGAGUGUCCGUGUGUGGUGGUGUCCUGCCCCCAUAAGUGCAGUGUCCAGACCCUUCUGAGGAGUGAGUUGAGUGCACACUUGUCAGAGUGUGUCAAUGCCCCCAGCACCUGUAGUUUUAAGCGCUAUGGCUGCGUUUUUCAGGGGACAAACCAGCAGAUUAAGGCCCAUGAGGCCAGCUCCGCGGUGCAGCAUGUCAACUUACUGAAAGAGUGGAGUAACUCUCUAGAGAAAAAGGUUUCCUUGCUACAGAAUGAAAGUGUAGAGAAAAACAAGAGCAUACAAAGUCUGCACAAUCAGAUAUGUAGCUUUGAAAUUGAAAUUGAGAGACAAAAGGAAAUGCUCCGAAAUAAUGAAUCCAAAAUACUUCAUUUACAGCGAGUGAUAGACAGCCAGGCGGAGAAACUGAAAGAGCUGGACAAAGAGAUCCGUCCCUUCCGGCAGAACUGGGAAGAGGCAGACAGCAUGAAGAGCAGCGUGGAAUCCCUCCAGAACCGAGUGACAGAGCUGGAGAGUGUGGACAAGAGUGCAGGACAGGCAGCGCGGAACACAGGCUUGCUGGAGUCCCAGCUGAGCCGGCACGACCAGAUGCUGAGCGUCCAUGACAUCCGCCUGGCCGACAUGGACCUGCGCUUCCAGGUCCUGGAGACAGCCAGCUACAAUGGCGUGCUGAUUUGGAAGAUCCGAGAUUAUAAGCGGCGGAAGCAGGAAGCCGUCAUGGGGAAGACCCUGUCUCUUUACAGCCAGCCUUUCUACACGGGCUAUUUUGGCUAUAAGAUGUGUGCCAGGGUCUACCUGAACGGGGAUGGCAUGGGGAAGGGGACGCAUUUGUCGCUGUUUUUUGUCAUUAUGCGCGGAGAGUACGAUGCUCUGCUUCCUUGGCCGUUCAAGCAGAAAGUGACGCUCAUGCUGAUGGAUCAGGGGUCCUCUCGGCGUCACCUGGGAGAUGCGUUCAAGCCGGACCCCAACAGCAGCAGCUUCAAGAAGCCCACCGGGGAAAUGAAUAUUGCCUCUGGCUGCCCAGUGUUUGUGGCCCAAACUGUGCUAGAAAACGGGACAUAUAUUAAAGAUGAUACCAUUUUUAUUAAAGUCAUAGUGGAUACUUCGGAUCUGCCGGACCCCUGACAAGUCACUGGGGAGGUGGAUUGAGCAGAAGGCAACUCCUCUGGGGGGUUUGAACCGGCUGUCUCCACCGAGGUCCUCGUGCUCAGAAAAGGACCUUGUGGAAAGGAGGAAGCAGCAGAAGGUGGCCGCGGGCCGGCGGGAGGAGCCACGCGUGAGGACACACCGGACAUGUUUUCUAAUAGACUAGCAACACUCCACUCUGAAGAAUUAUUUAUCCUUCGACGUGAUAAAUACUGCUGUCAGAGAAGGUUUUCAUUUUCAUUUUUAAAGAUCUAGUUAAUUAAGGUGGAAAACAUAUAUGCUAAGCAAAAGAACCAUGAUUUUUCUUCCUUAAACUUGAACACCAAAAAAAAAAACACACACGCACACACAUGUACACACAUGCACACACAUGUACACACACACACACACACCUGGGAAUAGCUGGACAUGUCAGCAUGUUAAGUAAAAGAAGAAUUUAUGAAAUAAUAAUGCAAUUCUGAUAUAUUCUAAAAUUCAAGAGUGCAAUCUUGUUUCAAAUAUAGUAUAUUGUCUAUUUUUAAGGCCUCAUCUGGUCUCUGUUUUAAUAAUUUGUUUGUCAGAAGACCCUAAAGUACAACUAGGUCUUUUUUGAAAGUCUAAAUUCAGAAUCAUUUUUUAAUUUAAAGUUCUAAGAUAAUUGUUAUUGCAAACAUUUUAUUUUAAAACGUUGAUAGACUGAUAUUUCUUGGAAGAAAAUGUAAAAUAUCAAACACUGGUUAUCACUUGUGAUAGGAAAGAAACUAUUCAAUCUGCUGUUAUUUCUCGUUAGAAAUGUAAACCUUCAAUAUCUGUCGUAGUUAAUGACACUACUUCAAAAUUACUAUGAAAGGGAAACUGCUCAUGGAUGCUGUGCAUCAUUUUCAGAUUUAUAAUUGUUUUCACCCUAAAAUAGGGCAUUUGUUGAACUUUGGAGUUCUAAACAAAAUCCUGUAGGCUUUUAAAAUUCUGCCCCCUCUGUUCAGACACUCUCUCUAUUGCUGACAGCUCUGACCUUCAGUGUCCAGCGCCCGGGGGUGGGCAGGUGGCUCGU